AUGCUGAGGAAAAAUAAUCUCAAAUACCCCCGUAGUGACGUAAGAAGGAUAUAUCUGAUGACUGUGGUGGAGGGACUAUACCUACAGUUACUGCUCUUGUGCGUGAUACAGAUGGUGGACAUGACGACUCUUCCACCUGUCUUUAAUCCUACCGCACUUAACGUGACGGCGUACGUAGGGGAGACAGCGACACUGCCUUGCUCUAUAAGCCACCUUGGUUCACGAGAGGUUAUAUGGAAGAAAGUGAAGGAAAAACAUGCUCUGACAGUGGGCGAGUUCGUAUUUGUGAAGGACCCAAGCUUUAGCGUUAAACACAUACCCUACCGAGACGAAUGGAACUUAAUGAUCAACAAUGUACAGGUUAAACACGCCGGAAAGUACGAAUGUCAAGUCAGCACUAAAGAAAACAUGCAUCGAUACAUCACACUUUCAGUCUCAGAUAAACGGACGCGUAUAAGAAAUGAACCAAGCAAAAAUUAUCCAGAGGUCCACAUAUCCGGACCAAAGUUUGUAGAGCGAGGACAUCCUAUUCGCCUGACGUGUAACGCAACGGGUUCCCUUCGACCCCCGGAGCUGAUCGACUGGUUCCUGGAAGGACGAAAGAUUAAGUCAAACUCAAUUGGAGGAAUAUCCAUUUCAAAGUAUAUGCGACAGGAAACAAACACUCUAUACAGCGAACUCGUCAUCAGACACAGCGACCAGGUGGAUUCUGGGACGUACAUCUGUCGAAGCUCGGACAAUAAGAUAACAAGUCAUGACUUACUCGUGUUAAAUGCAGAAUCUACACUCGGAAAACGAGAAUCUAAUAUAGAUCCGGAUAAUUUACCUAUUAAUGAAGAUACAUCAAAAACAGGAAAUCACCAGAGUCGGAAUCGACCGUCCCAAGGGGUGUUCUUCUGUGUCCUUCUCAUUCCCUUCGUGCUUAUAUGAGUCUCUACCAGUGGUGUAACGGUGGGGACAGGUCAUCGCCGUUCCUGCUACAUGUCAUAUAUAGAACCUAUUUUUGUACGUAUGUAAGAGGAACAACAACUUGCCUUGACGACUGCUCUGCCACGUGUGGGCGAGGCCUUGCUUUAUCAUACUACAGAACGGAAGUAGAUUACUGAAGGCAGGCAGGCACGCCCGGGGCCUUACAGGCGUCGAGAGAAGGAUUGUUGAAGAACUGGGACCAAACUACGCUCAAUCGUUUUUUGUUUUGUUUAAUUUUCUACUUAAUGACAAUGAUGAAGAUGGACCCUACCUUCAUAACGGGUAACGCUAGUAGGAUCCGCUUUUAUCUCCUUUGGACCCUCAUGGCCAGUUGUUAUAUAUCUUCAUCUAAACGCUUCGAUUGGAGGUAACAUAAAAACGCUAACAUUAUAGAUUUUACACGUGUUCAGAUUUAUCAGAAUCAUAGAAAAAUGUUAUAAUAAUAUUUUAACAAGUAUGGAAGGUCACCUGAUUUCAUGGAUAACACUGUGGAUUGUUCAGAUAUUUUGGGAGACAGUUCACUAUUAAGUGGAUGCAGAUUACUUAGAUGAAACGUGUAUGCUAUUCGUGUGCUCAUACCUACUUUAUAGAGGAAAGCUAUGUAACAAGGAUUCCAAGCACGUAAAGAGGCUGCGUAACCGUUACAUAACGAUGAGUCUAUUUACACGUGCAUGGUGCAGGAGGAACAUAUGGUAUAUGUGAUAGUGUAUGAACUAUAGGUACAUGCAUUGACCUGUAGCAUUGUCGCACGAUCGACCUGACAUGGACACGUGCUGUCAUGUGAUAAUUUUAGCUGGUAACACAUAUUUCACUACAUUCCGGAGAUUAUACAACAAGGGAAGACAGAUUGAUACGUGUUUUCUAAGGGAAAAACAGUUACUUUGGGACAACGUCGAAACAUUCUGUUAAAGUUUGUAAAUCGACGAAAAACAUCAUUGUUAAUGGUGUCUUUGAUCUCUAUAGAGCAUGUUACAUAAACAAUGUUAACAUGAUGGCUGUAUUACCUACAUAUGCUUCUAUUUGUUAUGUAUAUAAUGCAGGGCGUCUCUAUUACGUGCGAGGAUUACAAACACACCACAGCGCCCAUAACACAACACAGUGGGGAAUUCUCAGUGGUAGAACAAAACACUCGAGUCUUGUGCUUAUAUUUCAACCUGGAGGACAUUCCACGCAUAACAAUAGGAAUAUCAUUAAUUUGUUAUUAUGUUUCUUCGUCAACAUUUUCUUAAUUGGUAAAGAUAUAAAUUGAUGUACGUAGCUUAAUUGUGAAAGGUAUUAAUAUUGAUAGUUAUUUCCCUAAUUGUCCGUCCCAUCUCUAGCAAACAUGUACCAAUCACGUGAUGAAUGCUAUGCAAACAGUCUUCCAUUACUACAAUUGUAGACAAUGUUGCAAUGAUAAUGUGUUUUCAAAUA